AUGACAGAAGAACAGCGACUAUUGUACCGGAUAAUGAAAUCGUACGAUCGGUCCUCACGCCCUGUCUUCUCCGCCCAAACGCCGGUUGUAAUCAGACUGGGAAUAACACUUACUCAAGUGCUGGACGUGGACGAGAAGAACCAAAUAUUGACAACGAAUGUGUGGUUGGAUCAGGAGUGGGUAGAUGAGAAACUACAAUGGACAAAUAUUUCAGAAUUUGCUCACAUAAAGAUUUUUCGAAUACCCUGUGACCUAAUAUGGCUACCAGAUAUUGUUUUAUAUAAUAGUGUUGACAACCAUAACAAGGGAUAUAUGAAAAGCUUGGCAAUGGUGGAACAAAAUGGAAAUGUUUUCUGGCCACCUAUUGUGCGGAUGCGUAGUUCGUGCAAAAUGGAUAUCACAUAUUUUCCAUUUGACGAUCAAGUGUGUAAACUAAAAAUGGGAUCUUGGGCAUACGACGGAUUUCAGGUUGACGUCACAAAUAGAACCAUGGAGGUCGAUACGUCAAAUUACGUCGAUAACGGAGAAUGGACGCUCAUUGAUACAAAGGUAGUCCGCAAUGUGAAAUAUUACCCAUGCUGCCCGGAACCAUUUCCGGAUGUAACAUUCUAUAUCCAUUUAAGACGUCGUGUGUUAUAUUAUGCCUUUAAUGUCAUAAUCCCGUGUAUGUUAUUAUCAAGCCUCACUCUGACAGGAUUUCUACUUCCGCCAGACUCGGGGGAAAAAGUCACUCUAGGAUUAACUGUGCUUCUGGCUUUCUCUGUCUUCAUGUUACUAAUUGCUGAGAAUAUGCCUCCAACGUCGGAAUACAUACCCUUAAUUGGUAUCUAUCUCACCGUGAUUAUGGCUAUGAGUGGUCUGUCUGUAGUGUUUUCUGUUUUUGUUCUAAAUAUCCACCAUAAGGGAGCUUUGUCCAAGGGACCACCAAGGAUUCUCAAAGGAAUAGUUCUGAUUUUAGCAAAGAUGCUUUGUUUAAAGGUUCAAUUUCAGGAUGAAAGUUCAUAUACACCUCACACCGGUAGUUACACGUCGAAUUCUGCCUACGCAGCCUUCAAAGCGAGGGAUAGUGAAUCCCUUCUUCUCAACAGUAAACACGAAAAAAUCCACGGGGACCUCGGUGACGUCAGUGAUGAUACUCUCAACGACGUAAUGAACCAAAAUAUCAAUAUGUCGUCACCAACGGCAAAUAGAACUAAUUUUGAUCGAGAAGUUGUGACCUAUUUUAAACACGUUAUGUCAUCAUACGAGCAGACGGUGACAGAACGGCGAACGAUACACGAUUGGCAGGAGGUUGCCAGAGUGAUGGACAAGUUCUUCUUUUGGUUGUUCCUUAGUAUCACAUUCAUUUCAUCAUUCAUUAUUCUUGUUAUCAGCCCUAUGACUAAAGAGAUCGAUUUGAAUAAGACCUAA